AUGUACGUCAAUACGAUAGUAGUUAGAUUAGCGGACGCCUUCAAAGAUGGGUCAAACCCUCUUCGCAUGACCAUAGCGCGAGUACUAUCAGAAUGCAGAUCGCAUUUGUCUUUAGUUUUUUCUGGAAGUGAGAUUUUCAAGAGGUUCUUAUCUGUUUCCCAUUCCAACGAUCCUGUCGCUCGUGCCAUGACCCUUCAGGUAUUAGCAAGUCUUGCUCCAAUAUCUCCCGAAAGCAAGCAGGUACAUCAUCUCAUUGUGGAGUCAAUGGCGGCAGAGAAUCCCGGCGAAUUUCAAGCGGCUUGUCAUGCUAUGGCCGCUUUCGCUCAUCUUUCUUCCACUGUGGAACUUAUGUAG